GUGUUUACACCGGCGGCUCUGCGGCCGGGUUCCUUCCGCGGGACGGGUGAGAGCGCCGGGACCCUGCCGCGCGGGCUCCACUGGCGUCGACUAAUUAGCAGGGAGAAAGAGAGAGCGUGAAAGAGAGAGGAUGUCUCUCUCAGAUUGGCACUUGGCAGUGAAGUUGGCUGACCAGCCACUUGCCCCAAAGUCUGUUCUUCGAUUGCCAGAGACAGAGCUGGGAGAGUACUCACUGGGGGGCUAUAGUAUUUCCUUUCUGAAGCAGCUUAUUGCUGGCAAACUGCAGGAGUCUGUUCCAGACCCUGAGCUGAUUGACUUGAUCUAUUGUGGCCGGAAGUUAAAAGAUGACCAGACCCUUGACUUCUAUGGCAUUCAGCCUGGGUCCACAGUCCAUGUUCUACGCAAGUCCUGGCCGGAGCCUGAUCAGAAACCGGAGCCUGUGGACAAAGUGGCUGCUCUGAGGGAGUUCCGGGUGCUGCACACUGCCCUGCACAGCAGCUCCUCCUACAGGGAGGCGGUCUUCAAGAUGCUCAGCAAUAAGGAGUCUCUGGAUCAGAUCAUUGUGGCCACCCCAGGCCUCAGCAGUGACCCUAUUGCUCUUGGGGUUCUCCAGGACAAGGAUCUUUUUUCUGUCUUUGCUGAUCCCAGCAUGCUGGAUACGUUGGUGCCCGCUCACCCAGCUCUGGUCAAUGCCAUUGUUCUAGUCUUACACUCGGUGGCAGGGAGCACCCCCCUGCCAGGGGCUGACUCCUCUUCCCGGAGCAUGCCCUCCAGCUCGUCUCGGGACAUGCCAGGUGGCUUCCUGUUUGAAGGGCUCUCUGAUGACGAGGACGACUUUCACCCUAGUGCCAGAUCCACACCGUCCAGCAGCACUCCUAGCUCCCGCCCAGCUUCCCUGGGGUACAGUGGCGCUGCCGGACCCCGACCCAUCACCCAGAGCGAGCUGGCCACCGCUCUGGCCCUGGCCAGCACUCCGGAGAGCAGCUCUCACACACCGACUCCGGGCACCCAGGGUCAUUCCUCAGGGACCUCACCCUUGUCCUCCAGUGUCCAGUCAGGGACACCCAUCACCAAUGACCUCUUCAGCCAAGCCCUACAGCACGCCUUGCAGGCCUCGGGGCAGCCCAGCCUUCAGAGCCAGUGGCAGCCCCAGCUGCAGCAGCUGCGUGACAUGGGCAUCCAGGAUGAUGAGCUGAGCCUGCGGGCCCUGCAGGCCACCGGUGGGGACAUCCAGGCGGCCCUGGAGCUCAUCUUUGCUGGAGGAGCCCCGUGAACUCUUAAGCUCCUCCUGCGCUCCCAGCUAACUGCCAGGCAGCUGCCCGAAGGGGGCACUCCUAAAGGUGCUCCCAUCCCUCUCUCCCCAAUAUAUCUUGUGAUCAACU